AUGCGUACCUCUAUUCUCUCCCUUUUCAGCCUUGUGGCUGCUGCUUCGCCCGCUCUCGCUACAAAUGACACACACCUCAAAAUCGGCAACGGCAACUGGUUUCUUGGGUUCGAUUUCCAACGAGGCGAGCCUGGUUUUCAAUACACACUUACUCUUCAUAACGCCGCUGAUGGUGCCAAUCCCGUGUCUAUCAACAACAACACAGAACUUGUUUUCCAUUACAACGAGUACGUUGACAUUGGGUUUUCGGUUUUAGCCGCAUACAACACGACUCUGGGGUCUACUAGCGUAACCGGAGAUAUACUUAGCGACGGUGGGAACGGUGAUCCCUGGCCUUCUUCGACACCUGGCUUCUCUUGGGGAAAAACCGGGUCGCUGCAGUUCGAUUAUGAUGGGUUUUAUGGAUGGAUUAAAUGUGAUGCUUUUAUGGAAGGCGGAUUUCCCGGAACAAAGUCUAUUUAUUGGGCUGCGUCGCCAAUCAAAAAUUUGCCAUCACACUGUGAAGAGGUCACACUCAGCAAGUAUUGA